UGUGCUGUGUCCCUCGGACACAGCGGAUCACCGAUCAACAGAAAGAGCCGAAGAUGUCGGCUUGGUCAUGUGAUGAGCUGUGUCCAAUCACAGCUGAUCACAUGUAAACAGGGAAAUGCCGGUUAUCGGCAUUUCUCUCCCCACGAGCUGUCACGCUGACAGCUCGUGAGGAGAGUCAGGGACAUGUACACAGAUCAUCAGAGCACUGAUGAUCAGUGUGCCCUGAUGAUCAGUGUAGCACCACCUGUCAGUGUCCAUCAGUGCCAGCUCUCAGUGCUCAUCCAUGCCACCUGCCAGUGCCCAUCAAUGCCACAUCUCAGUGCCCAUCUGAGCUGCCUUUCAGUGUCGUCUAUCAGUGCCAGUCAGUGCCGCCUAUCAGUGUGCAUCAGUGCCACCUAACAGUGCCAGUCAGUGCCGCCUAUCAGUGCCAUAUAUGAGUG